UGAGAACAUGCUUUUGUACAUUGUUUCACCUUAUGCGAGGUUAAUUGUAUUCCCCAUCAAUUCCUGCGCAAGUCCCACGCAAGCUGUCAUCGUAUAAGCCGCUCAGAAAACAGAUCCAUGAGAUCACAUGAGCUUUAAUCGUUGGACUAUUUCCGCAUUGGCUCAGACAGUGAAUGGAGGAGCUGUGAGUUGAGUACUAUUAAUUUGUUUUAACGUGUCGCAACGCCUUGGAUCGAGCUGGGGGGAACAUCGGGCAGAAGGAGACGCACGGAGACGCGGCGCUCCGCAGACAUGCUCACUCGCGUCAAAUCCGCCGUGGCUAGCUUCAUGGGGGGAAUCAUGGCCGGAUCUUCUAAUAAUAAUAAUGAACGCUCGGGUGGCUCGGACCUGCCGCUUAAAUACCCCUACAUGAGACCCAAGUUUCUGGGACUGUCGGCAGAUGAGAUAGAGUGCUCGGCGGAUCACAUCGCGAGACCUAUCCUGAUCCUAAAAGAGACUCGCAGGUUGCCGUGGGCGACGGGAUACGCCGAGGUGAUAAAUGCAGGUAAGAGUGCACUGAAUGAGGACCAAGCUUGCUGCGAGGUUGUACUGGUUAAGAAGAAACCUAUAGGAUCCUUGACACCCAGAAAGCUGGCUGCAAGUAGAAGGAGGUCAUCUAUUCUGAAUAGCGAUGGUGUGGGCAUGUUGGAAAAUAAUGAUUGUAUUUGUCCACAAGACUCAGAAGGGCUGGUCUUCCAUUACUGGGCUCUGUUUGAUGGUCACGCUGGCUCAGGAGCAGCAGUGGUGGCUUCCAGACUGCUACACCAACACAUUGUGGAGCAGCUUCAUGGUGUUCUGGAGGUCCUGACUAACUUGGCGUCUCUUCCCCCAACUGUAUUGGGUGAAGAAUCCAACUACCAUCCAUCCCCUGGCACACAAAGGACCUUCAACCAGCCUGGCUCCCUACGUGGUGCCACUGGUGCCCCUGGCUCUCCUUGCACCCCUCCAACACGUUUUUUUGUGGAAAAGAAGAUCCAACCUGAAAGCCUUGUCAUUGGUGCCUUGGAGAAUGCCUUCAAGGAAAUGGAUGCCCAAAUCGAGACGGACAAAGGUAUAUACAAUAUUUCUGGUGGCUGCACUGUGCUUGUAGUGCUCUUCCUGCUGGGAAAGCUGUUUGUUGCUAAUGCCGGAGACAGCAGAGCCAUUAUAAUUAGAAAUGGUGAAAUAAUUCCUAUGUCUACAGAGUUUACCCCAGAAUCAGAGAGACAAAGACUUCAGUUCCUUGGUUUCAUGCACCCCCAUCUGUUAGGUGGAGAGUUCACACACUUAGAGUUCCCCAGAAGGGUGCAACGAAAGGAGGUCGGCAAGAAGAUGUUGUACCGAAACUUUGCCAUGACUGGCUGGGCUUAUAAAACCAUUGAGGAUGAGGACCUCAGAUUUCCUUUGAUAUAUGGAGAAGGAAAAAAGACGGGGGGCAGGAUUAGGUAUAUCACACUGCUUUUACAGUCUAUACUCAGGGCACGAGUGAUGGCCACCAUAGGAGUGACGCGUGGUUUAGGAGACCAUGACCUCAAAGUCCAUGACUCCAACAUCUAUAUUAAACCAUUUCUGUCAUGCUUUCCAGAGGUGAAAGUGUACAACUUGACACAAUAUGAGCAUGGAGCAGAUGAUGUUUUAGUGAUGGGAACUGAUGGCCUGUGGGAUGUACUUUCCAAUGAGGAAGUAGCAGAGACUGUCACCUCAUUCCUGGUCAACUGUGAUCCUGAUGACCUUCACAGGUACACAAUGGCAGCCCAAGACCUGGUAAUGCGUGCCAGAGGGGUUCUCAGGGAGCAUGGCUGGCGAAUCAGCAAUGAUCGACUUGGCUCUGGGGAUGACAUCUCUGUUUAUGUAAUUCCCCUGAUGUAUGGUAAUCGUCAGCUGUAGUGUGGGGUACUGUUACUAUACGUGUACACAUCCUUCCUCCCCUCACUUUUUGGAUCAGUAUAAUGAUCUCAACCAUCAACUUAGAAGUGUUUUUCCAUGUUCUUGCCUAUUUUAAGGAACACUUUGAUUUGGAGAUUUGAGACAAUGACAGUAGCCUAAUAUUGAUAUGAAUUUACCUGACAUACUGUAGUUGAAAAUAUUUGUAUUUUUCUUUUCAGUUUUUACUAUAUCCACCCAAGGUUGCACUGUAAUAGUGUUUUCAUGUUGGUUUGACCCUUCUGUCCUCUGUAGCAGGUUCCCAACAUUUUUACAGGACACCCCUAUUUUAACAUUCUACAUCCAUAAUAACUCAACCAACAAAUACUACUUUAUUAAGUAUUACAUCAGCCUAUACAGGGUCUUCAGUAAAUUAGACUUGUGCAUAUAACCUCAUUCGGAUCCACAAAGGGCACGAGUGGAAGACAGCCUUCAUAACCCCUGCUGGGCACUAUGAAUAUCGGGUGAUGCCGCAUGGGCUUUCAAACUUACCUUCCAUCUUUCGAAAUUUCAUGAAUAAAGUCUUCAGAGACACAAAUUUGAGAUGGUUUGUACUCAUCUAGAUUGAUCAUAUCCUUAUCUACUUACCCAAUCUGCCUGAACACUGGUGUCACGUCACCCAAGUCCAAGAAAUUGGUUGAUAUCAACAUAAGGAUAGCUGGAGCCAGUUUCUACCCUAGGACAAAUAUGCCCAAAAUUCCCUCAAAGCACCACUGGUCUAACCCCUUGGUUACUAACCCCCUCUGUUUUCCUGGACUGGAGAUCAAGACCCAGCGGUAGAUUACUGGUUCCGUGAGCAUGAGAGGCUAUGGGACUCAGCUCACGUCCAUCUUCAGCAGGCAGUUCGGGGAGACACAAGAAAAAUAAAAUAGCAGGAAGAUAAAAAAAACAAAACAAUAUUAGAUAGACAAUAAACACAAGAUCCUCAGAUAUAUACCAACUAUCACAAAGUAUAUGCCCUGGCAAAUAAGUGCCUUCUCAGGAGUGUUUUAUGACCUAGGGGUGUACAACAUCUAAUUUCCAUUGGCAAGUCUGAUUGUCUGUUUUACUGUAAUUUAUUAUUCUGUUAAAUCAUCUACAAAUAUUACAUUUGUAGAUGAUUUAACAGAAUAAUAAAUUACAGUAGUCCAAUCUUGACAUAAUAAAAGCAUGUUUAACCAGCAUCAAAAAAACAAAACCAAGAAAGUUUAUAUGUUUGUGAUAUUUUUUAUAACUGAAAACAUCCUGCCUUUACCACAGAGUUUACUAGUUUAUCAAAUUUAAGUUCUGAACUGGAAAAAAAACACUCCCAGUUUUAUUACAUGCUUAUGCAAAUUUUCAGUAGGACCAGUAAACAUAAAGAUGACAGUAUAAUAGAGACAUAAUAGGCAUUCUGUUUUUGUCUCAAUUAAUUGUAGAAAAUUGUGCCAUCCAUAACCUAAUCUCAUAAUAGCAAGUAUACCUGACUCAUCACAAUUACCUGGUGUAAUGAGGACGCAGAAGGUGUGGUAGAAUCCAUGUUUGGAAGUUUUAAUGAAGACUAAGACAAUAGACAUAAACAGUAAAACAGUACAGGGUUGAUACCAGGAAGACAGUCCAAACAGCAAACAGACUUGAGGAAGAUCCGAAUACGAUGUCAGUAGGCAAACACAACAGGCAAACAGAAUCCAAGAGACGAAGGAGAAUCAAACAGGCAAGGUCAUACCUGUGGUAGCAAUCAGAACAAUGGGAAACAACACUCGGUAAGGCAGUAAGACUAGCAAUACUUCACAAAGCAUAGGUGGAAGAGUUUAAAUAGCUCUCAAAACAGGAAGUUACCCAUGAAGCGGUAACGGAUGAGUCGAGCUAGUAUUAGGGUGAGGGUUCCCUCUGGUGGCCAGGCGUUAUACCUGCAUUCAGUGGAAGAUGAGGUUAUGCAUCAUCUGCAUAAAAGUGAUAUGAUAUAUUGUAAUUCUGACAAAUAAAACCAAGCGGAAGCAUAUAUAAAGAAAAUUAAAUGGGCCCCAAAAUUGAUCCCUGAGGAACCCCACAAAACGAAGCAAGUAAUUGCCCAACUGAACUACAGACCUGCUGUAUUUUAAGUAAGAGGCAAACCAUUUUCCUGAAUGCCCACCCAUUGACUUAUUUGAUUUAAAAGGACAUCAUGAUUAAUCAUGAUUAAAAUGCUGCCUUUAGUUCAGGAAGAAUAAACAUGGCACCCUUUCCUGAAUCUAGAGGAAGUAUUCUAAAAGUCAUUGUGGACUUUUAAAGGGCAGUCUCUGUACUUUAUUUUGAUCUAAAACCAGACUGAAAUUUAUCUUAAACUAAAUUUUUAAGAAUCAGAUGAUAAAUUAUUAUAUUAAUUAUAAUUAAUUGAUAUUUUUAUUUAAAAGGGAGCUUAGAAAUAGGGUCAUAGUUAUUUAAUACUGAUCCAGUCUAGUCUUUUUCAAAAGAGGUUGUAUUAUAGCAUGUUUUAGGCAAAACAGAACUAUAACAUUUAUGAGGCUGCUGUUAAUAAUACUGAUAAUGUUUGGGCCUACAACAUCUAAAACUCGAAGAACACAAGAGGAAAUUACAUCUGAUACAUAAUUUGUGGGUCUUAAAUGCUAAUAAGGAAUAAUGAGAGGUAGGCUGAAUGCUAGCUCUGCUUAUCUUGAUAUUACUGAUAAAAAAUUUAUUAGUGAAUUGCAUUAAUUGUAAAUUGAUUUAAUACAGAAUUUAUUGUACUAAAUAAAACUUUUGAAUUAUAAGAAUUCCUAAUAAAUCAGUCUAACAAUUUCAUAAGAUACUUGAAAUUUAUAUUUGUCCUUUAUAUUUUUCUGUGAUUUUAUCAUGGUAGCACUCUUGCUGUCUGUGUAGGGUCAGAAGGCUCUCAGAUUUCGUCA